AUGGGCGUGGCAGAAUCGGGGCCGUCCAAGCCACACCAGCAUCGCUCAGGCGCUGUGUUCCUUGAGAGCGUGCUCCGGCUUCUCUCCUGGGUCGGCGCCGGAGCGCCCCCGCUGGCGUGCGGAGCGUACCGCCCAGCGCCGAUGCAGGACUUCCGCGCGGAGUUCCAGAAGCAGACUGCUCCUGCCUGUUCAGGCGGUGAAUUCGGUUUGUUUCUCGUCGGCCACGGAAAUCGGCGUGCUUGUUUUGCCUCAAGCACCGAUCAGGAUUGCGAUCGGGAUUGUUGGCGAAGACGUCGGUUUGCGGCGUGGUUUGCGGCACGCGGCGAGGUAUCCAGACCCGCGUGGCCGCCUAUUCUCCGCCGCGAGAGCUCGUCCCCCCUCGGCGAGCAGGACAACUACUUCAGUUCGCACGAUUGCGGUCUGUUGCGCGGCUUGGUGUGGCGGCCAGCAGCCGUGCGCAUAUGUUUGCAGUAUUUUUCCGGAGGUGCGUCAUUUCUCAAUGAGGCGUUGUCUCAGGUUUGCUUGCGUGCUUGA